AAGAAGUGGGAAGAAGGAACAGCGCUUUCAUCGCACUGCCUGCUUCAUCAUCCCGAUGACUAAGGAAAAACCUGCAAAGUCUCCGGCCCACCCCCUCCGAGGUGGGCGACAGUCGGUCGAGAUGUCGAGCGAGCAGCAGCCCGGCCAGAAAGCCAUCGAGGCGUUGCGCAACUGGCAGCCCUCGGUCCGCGGCGGCACGCCGGUCUCGGGUGACACGGUCACCGAGAUGACGACCACUGGACACCACGUGAUGUGCGCGCUUGUCGCCUGCCUGGGCUCGUGCGCAGCCGGCACAACGCUGGGCUACGCGUCGGCGGCCAUGCCUUCCAUCGAGAACGAGUCCUGGUACGACGUGCAUAACAACACGCAGGAGAGCCGCUGGUUCGCCGACCUCCUCCCGCUGGUCGCGGCGCCCGGAGCACUCACAGCCGGUUUCCUGCUGGAAAUGGUGGGCAACCGGCUGAUACUGCUGCUGUGCGCUUUCGGCCUACUGGGCAGCUGGCUGAGCCUGCUCUGUUCGUCCAGCACGACGGCAAUGUUCGUGGCGCGCUUCAUGGCUGGCGUCUUCCUGGGCGCUACCUCCAGCUCUGCCGGUGUCCACGUUGCCGAGAUCUGCCCCAGCGAACGCCGAGCUUUCUUCCUCGGCUUCGUCGAGGUGGCCAGGUACACGGGAAUGCUGCUGGCCUACGUGUUGGGCCAUUUGUUCACGUGGGAGAUCCAGGCCGGUCUGUGCAUGUUGCCGCCCCUGGUGCUCGUGUGCCUGCAGCGUUACGUCCUGGACAGCCCGCAGUGGCUCAUGCGUCACGGCAAGAGAACCGAAGCCCUGGCCGCGCUGUCCCGCCUCUAUGGCCUCGACAUCCCCAUCGAGUUCAGGAUACGAUCGGCCGAGGAUAUCGCCAAAGCCAAAUCCAGUGCCACAACCAGCAAGUGCGCAAGGUGUAUGGUUCUGGCGUUGCUUCUGCAGCUCCUGCCCGAACUGUCGGGCGUUCGGCUACUCCUCCAGCGCGGCGAUCAAGUGAUGCUUUCACUGAUGGCCGAGACGGAACCCUGGGACUCAGUAGGCGUGCUACUGGUCGCAGGCCACGUCGCGCUGUCCGGCAUUUUCGCCUCGCUCACCAGAGUAGCUGGACGACGACACCUUCUGCUCCUGUCCGCCGUCAUCACGGCUAUCUGCAUGAUCACACUCAGCCCACUCCAGCACCUCGUAUUCAGCCACUGGACGGUGGAGCAUCGGCCCCGGCUCACCAACUGGAACGGCAUCUACGCCGUGGGCAUCCUGCUGGCCAGCCACUCCCUCGGUCUGGGCCACGUGCCCGCGAUGCUCGCGUCGGAGCUCCUUCCGGCUCGCGUGCGCUGCAUCGGAGCGGCGAGCUCGUGGGCCGGCCGCUGGCUGCUCGCCUUCCUGCUGGCGCGUGAGGACGCCUGGCUGAGCGCGGUCGCGUCGAGCAGCAGCGGACUCGUGCCUGGCCUCGUCCUGGUGUUUGGAGCCGCGCUAGCAGCAAUGGCGACGCCCGAAACCGAGGGCCGCACACUUUUGGCCAUCGAGGGCGGCGUGUGACUACGGCUGGCCGGAUCAUUGUCGAACGUUUCCUUUGACUCCACACCGCAGUGCCGACCUUCCCGAUAUAGGUCACCUUAGAUUGGCGUUUUUUUUUAUUUUGAAAGCUAAACCAG